CCUUGACUAGAAAAGUCGAAAUACCAAAAUCAAACGAAGUUGACACUAAGAAUAAUCUUAACCGGAAGAUACGUUAGAAUUGGCGUAAUAUAUUCGUUUUACGAUUUUAAUAUAAAUCGCGUAACAUCUACUUUAGAUGUGCAAGUAGACCUUUCAUCAUGUACCUGUACAAUCUGACACUGCAGAGGUCACAGGGCAUUGUUACAGCAAUCCAUGGCAACUUUUCUGGCUCCAAGCUUCAAGAGAUAGUUGUUUCUCGUGGAAAAGUAUUAGAAUUGUUUCGCCAUGAUCCAAAUACUGGCAAGAUAUUUCCUGUAUUGUCCACAGAAGUUUUUGGAAUCAUUCGCUCUUUGAUGCCCUUUCGACUGACUGGUGGGACUAAAGAUUAUGUUGUUGCUGGUUCUGACUCGGGUAGAAUUGUUAUUCUAGAAUACAUCCCAGCUAAAAACAUGUUUGAAAGGAUCCACCAAGAAACAUUUGGUAAAAGUGGUUGCAGAAGGAUAGUUCCUGGGCAGUAUCUAGCUGUUGAUCCUAAAGGAAGAGCUGUUAUGAUUGGUGCUGUUGAGAAGCAGAAACUUGUCUACAUUUUGAAUCGAGAUGCUCAGGCCAGGUUAACAAUUUCAUCUCCACUAGAAGCUCACAAAUCUAACACCUUAGUUUAUCAUAUGGUUGGUGUAGAUGUAGGCUUUGAAAAUCCAUCAUUUGCAUGUUUGGAAAUAGAUUAUGAGGAAGCAGAUGGUGAUCCCACUGGGGAAGCUGCACUCAAGACACAACAGCUUUUAACAUAUUAUGAACUAGAUUUAGGUCUUAACCAUGUGGUGCGCAAGUAUUCAGAACAGCUAGAGGAACAUGCCAACUUUCUCAUUUCAGUUCCAGGUGGUCAUGAUGGACCCAGUGGUGUUCUUAUUUGCUCAGAAAACUACAUUACUUACAAAAACUUGGGUGACCAGCCAGAUAUCAGAUGUCCUAUUCCACGAAGAAGGUGUGAUCUGGAUGAUCCUGAGCGUGGAAUGAUUUUUGUUUGUAGUGCUACUCAUAAAACCAAGUCCAUGUUCUUCUUCCUUGCACAAACUGAACAAGGAGACAUAUUUAAAAUAACACUGGAAACUGAUGAAGACAUGGUAACAGAAAUUCGACUCAAGUAUUUUGAUACAGUUCCUGUGGCUACUAGUAUGUGUGUAUUAAAAUCUGGGUUUUUAUUUGUUGCUGCUGAAUUUGGUAACCAUCACUUGUACCAGAUUGCCCAUUUGGGAGAUGAUGAUGGUGAAAGAAUGUUUAGCAGUGCUAAUCCCCUGGAAGAGGGGGAUACUUUCCAUUUUUCUCCUAGAGAAUUGAAAAAUUUAGUGAUGGUGGAUGAAAUGGAUAGUUUAUCACCAAUCAUUACAGCUCAGAUCGCUGAUUUAGCUAAUGAAGAUACCCCUCAACUAUUUACAUUGUGUGGACGAGGCCCAAGGUCCACCCUGCGUGUACUCCGACAUGGUUUGGAGGUUUCAGAGAUGGCAGUGUCAGAGCUUCCUGGUAACCCAAAUGCUGUAUGGACAGUGAAGAAACACACAGAUGAUGAUUAUGAUGCCUACAUCAUAGUGUCCUUCAUGAACGCCACUCUAGUUCUUUCUAUCGGAGAAACUGUAGAGGAAGUGACAGAUUCUGGAUUUUUGGGCACAACUCCAACAAUAUCUAGCUCGCAGCUUGGUGAUGAUGCACUUGUUCAGAUUUAUCCAGAAGGUAUCAGACAUAUUCGUUCUGAUAAAAGAGUAAAUGAAUGGAAAACUCCUGGUAAGAAAAAUAUAGUGAAAUGUGCUGUCAACCAAAGACAAGUGGUCAUUGCAUUGACAGGUGGAGAAUUGGUCUACUUUGAGAUGGAUCCAACUGGUCAGCUGAAUGAGUAUACAGAAAGGAAGGAGCUGUCCAGUAAUGUUGUAUGUAUGGCACUGGGGCGUGUACCUGCUGGAGAACUCAGGUCCAGGUUUUUAGCAGUUGGGUUGUCAGAUAACACAGUCAGAAUCAUUUCCCUUGAUCCCAAUGAUUGCUUGUCACCAUUAAGUAUGCAGGCUUUCCCUGCUCCUCCUGAAUCUUUAUGUAUAAUUGAGAUGGGUGGCAGUGAGGCCAAAGAGGAGACUGGUGAAACAGCUACUACAGGUGGAAUCUAUUUGAACAUUGGCUUACAGAAUGGUGUCUUGUUGAGAACUGUUCUAGAUCCAGUGACUGGAGAUUUGUCUGAUACAAGAACAAGAUAUCUUGGCUCUAGACCUGUCAAGCUUUUUAGAAUUUCAAUGCAGGGUUCUGAAGCUGUUCUUGCAAUGUCCAGUAGAACAUGGCUGAGUUACACUUAUCAAAGCAGGUUCCACUUAACUCCUUUGUCAUAUGAAACCUUAGAAUAUGCGUCUGGCUUUGCUUCAGAACAAUGUCCUGAGGGUAUUGUGGCUAUUUCAACAAAUACUUUAAGAAUUUUGGCCUUGGAGAAAUUGGGUGCUGUUUUCAACCAAGUUGCUUGGCCUUUACAGUACACACCCCGCAAAUUUGUUAUACAUCCAGAAUCCAACAAUUUAAUCAUUAUUGAAACGGACCAUAAUGCUUAUACCGAAGAGACCAAACAGUUGAGAAAACAACACAUGGCUGAGGAAUUGAUAGAAGCAGCGGAUGAAGAUGAACGAGAGCUAGCUGCUGAGAUGGCUGCACAGUUUCUAAAUGAGGACCGUCCUGAAACAAUAUUUGGUGCUCCCAAAGCUGGUCUUGGUAUGUGGGCCUCAGUUGUCAGGAUAAUUAACCCUAUCACUGGUGAAAAUUUGGAAAAAAUUGCUUUGGAGCAGAAUGAAGCCGCACACAGUGUUGCUUUGGUCAAGUUUUCCAACAGACCUGAGGAUACCAUUCUCAUAGUUGGCAUUGCUAAAGAUCUAGUUCUUAAUCCUCGCUCUGUCACUGGGGGAGAACUUUUAACAUAUCAGGUCACAGAAAGUGGUACUAAACUUGAGCUGCUACAUAAAACACCAGUUGAGGAAGUUCCUGGAGCUAUUACUCCUUUCCAAGGUCGAGUACUAAUAGGAGUUGGCAAAUAUUUGAGGAUUUAUGAUCUAGGAAAAAAGAAAUUGUUGCGGAAGUGUGAAAAUAAGCAUAUUCCAAAUGCCGUAGUCAGUAUCCACACAAUGGGCAACAGAGUGUUUGUUGGGGAUGUUCAAGAAAGCAUUCACUUUGUCCGUUAUCGCAGGCCAGAAAAUCAGUUAAUUAUCUUCUGUGAUGAUACAAAUCCUCGCUGGGUUACUUGCUCUUGUAUAUUGGAUUACAAUACUGUUGCCAUUGCAGACAAAUUUGGAAAUGCAACAGUGAUACGUCUACCCUCUGAAGUAAGUGAUGAUGUUGACGAAGAUCCAACUGGUAACAAAGCAUUGUGGGACAGGGGUCUUCUAAAUGGAGCUUCUCAAAAGGCUGAUGUGAUUGCUAAUUUCCAUGUGGGUGAAGUAGUGACAUCAUUACAGAAAGCUACACUUAUUCCUGGAGGCUCAGAAUCUUUAGUGUACACAACAUUGUCUGGCAGUAUUGGCAUGCUUGUGCCAUUCACCUCCCAUGAGGAUCAAGACUUCUUUCAACACUUAGAAAUGUACAUGAGACAGGAGUAUCCAUCUUUGUGUGGGCGAGAUCACCUAGCCUUUAGAUCUUACUACUUUCCUGUCAAGAAUGUUAUUGAUGGUGAUUUGUGUGAAGUAUUCAAUUCCAUGGAACCCAGCAAACAAAAAUCAAUAGCUGAAGAAUUAGAAGACAGAAGCUCUAAUGAGGUGUCAAAGAAAUUGGAAGACAUCAGAACAAGAUAUGCUUUCUAAACAGUUGCUGUGUGCUGCUCAUAGUGGAACAAUUAUCAACAACAAAUUUAUAAUGAAAUUUUAGAAACCUUGUGUUUCUCAUUAUUUUAUUUUUAUGUAAUUAUUUUUUAAAUUGAAAGAUCGUUAAUGGUAGGCUUGUACCUAAAUUAAUUAAAGUAUUGUAAAUAUAUUAACAUAAGAUCAAUUUCAUUUAAUAAGAGCCUUUUUAAAAUGUAACUUUUACAUAUGAAAAUCUUGUAGAUUUUGUAUAAUAUCUCUGUAUAUGUUUAUGUCUCACUGUUCAUUCUAGUAUGUUAUAUAAAUCUGAAGUUAGCUAAUGUUGACUUUAUGUUGUGUGAACUGUUACAGACUUGAAUCAUUUGUUCUUAAUAAAAAAUAUUUUCACUUCA